AUGGCUGUUAUCAAGAUUUCACAAUCCUUUAAGACAAAGGUCAGCCCAAACAGGAUGUUCAAGGCCUUGAUCUUAGAUUCUCACAAUCUCGCCCCUCAACUUAUGUUCUCAUCAAUCAAAAGCAUUGAAUUUAUCCAUGGCAAAGGCGAGCCUGGGACCAUCAAGCAGCUCAAUUUCACCCAAGAUAGUCCCUUUAAUUACGCGAAGCACAGAAUAGAUGCGAUCGACGAGCAUAACUGUACGUGCAAAUACACUUUCAUAGAAGGAGAUGCAUUGAUGGACAAACUAGAUCAGAUUACUUACCAAGUCAAGUUCGAGCCAUAUGGCUAUGGAGGUUGCGUUUGCAGGAUAACAAGCGAAUAUUAUACAAAGGAUAAUGUGGAGAUUAAGGAGGAAGAUAUCGAGCAUGGCAAGGAUCGAGCCAUCGGCAUGUAUGAAGUCGUCGAGGCUUAUCUUUUGGCACACCCUCAUGCAUAUACUUGAAAAAAAAAUAAUAAUAAUAAUAAUAAUAA